AUAAUUGGAUACACCAUUAGUUUUUAAUGGCUUGAUUAUUAUUCUAUUUUCCCUUGCUUAGAUUCUUAUCCACAUCCUUAAGUUUAACCUUAGACAUAAUUUUCUUUACAUUAUCCAGAUCAUUUUAAUACUGGUCACACCUACUGAAGAUAUAUAAUGUUCAAAUGGAAUGCAUUUCAGAACAGCAGUUAGAAGAAAUUUGGUACAGUUAGAACUACGACUUUUUUAUUAAUUAGACAACUGUAAGGCGACCGCCAAUUUUAUAGAUUGUGAAUUUCGUUGCAUGAAUAACUCAUCUUUUUAAACUGAAGAAGACCGCAUUUAAGAUCGAAACGAGAGAGCAUAAGUGACUUUGAACGUUCUGGACGUCCUGUUGAAGCUAUUACUCCAGAAAUCAUUGAUAAAAUCCAUGAUAUGGUAAUGGAUGAUAAAAGAAUCAAGCGGAAUCCACAGGACUUUAGGUGUCGUUUCGUCACUGUGGACGAAACAUGGAUACACCACUACACGCCUGAAACCAAAUUACAAUUCAAACAAUGGAUUGCCAGCGAGGAAGCUGCACCAAAGAAGGGGAAGGCCAUUCCUUUGACCGGGAAGAUUAUGACGACUGUCUUUUGGGACUCACAAGGAAUAAUAUUCGACUAUAUGGAAAAGGGUAAAACUAUUACAGGUGAAUAUUAUUCAUCGUUAUUGGAUCGUUUGAAAACCGAGCUGCAAGAGAAACAUUCACGAUUGAAAUACAAGAAAAUCCUUUCCCAUCACGACAACGCACCAGCUCACUCCUCCGGAGUUGUGGCCGCAAAAUUGAUGGAGUUACGAUUUCAACUCGUUGGCUAGCGGGAAGGAAAUUUCAUUCAAACGAGGAAGUGAUUGCGGAAACGAAUGCCUAUUUUGCAGAGUUGGACCAAUCAUAUUAUUCGGAACGGAUCAACAAACUGGAGCAGCGUUGGACGAAGUGUAUAAGCCUAAAAGGAGACUACGUUGAAAAA